AUGACAUCAAGUUACGAGUUUGAAACCCUGCAAAUUCAUGCGGGCUACGAGGUCGAUCCGGCGACCAGAGCUCGAGCAGUACCUAUAUACGCAUCUGCGAGCUUCUCAUUCAAAGAUUACCUUGAGAGCGAGACUAUGGUCGUGCCAAUACAGUCCCAGCUCUCCUUACGUGAAGCGUUCCUUGUCUACAGAACAGACGGACACAGCUACUCACGCAUAAGUAACCCUACCGUGGAGGUAUUUGAGAAACGCAUAGCAGCGCUUGAAGGUGGCAUUGCAGCAGUUGCAUGUUCCAGUGGCCAGUCUGCGCAAUUCUUGGCGAUCUCGAACCUGGCAGACGCAGGUGACAAUAUCAUAUCUACAUCUUAUGUUUAUGACGGAACGUAUAAACUCUUCAAACGCACCUUCAAAAAGUUCGGGAUAGAAGUCAAGUUCAUUCCCGGCGACGAUCCUGCCAGCUUCGCCGUAGCAAUAGACGAUAAGACUAAGGCGUUGUAUGUUGAAAGCAUCGGAAAUCCAAAGUUCAAUGUCCCAGACAUCCCAGAACUCGCGAGAAUUGCACACGCGAAUGGUAUUCCGUUGGUUGUUGACAAUACUUUUGGGAUGGGAGGAUACCUCGUUCGCCCCUUCACCCUCGGUGCCGAUAUUGUUCUGCACAGUGCCACGAAGUGGAUAGGUGGACACGGCAACACCAUCGCUGGUGUUAUCGUAGAUUCAGGACACUUCGAUUGGGACCGCUCUGGAAGGUUUCCAGGCUUCACGACGCCUUCGGAAGGAUUCAAAGGCCCAGAGGUCACCGAAAAAUUCCGUACACGGGCAUUUACCACAAAGUUGCGCUCGGAGCUCUUGCGCGAUACUGGCGCUGCCUUGAGUCCUAUCGACUCCUUUCUGCUACUGCAAGGCCUAGAAACGCUGAGCCUGCGUGCAGAAAGACAGUGCGAGAAUGCGUUAGAGCUAGCAAAGCAACAUCCAAAAGUAUCCUGGGUCUCGUACCUUGGAUUGGAAGAUCACCCAUGGCACGCCCGAGCGAAGGAACUGCUAAGGCCCAAUGCGUACGGCGGUGUUCUGACCUUCGGCAUCCGAGGAACCAAAGAGCUCGCGAGUAGAGCGGUUGACAGCUUGAAGCUAGCCAGUCAUCUUGCGAACGUUGGUGAUUCCAAGACGCUGGUCAUUCACCCAGCCAGCACUACGCACCAGCAGCUUUCGGAAGAAGACAUGCUUGCAUCUGGUGUGGUGCCAGACCUCAUCCGAGUUUCUGUUGGGACCGAGCACAUAAGCGAUAUCAUAGUGGACUUUCAACAAGCCUUUGAUGCAGCUUCUGCGUGGUUGUUAAAUCCACGAUGCAAUCUAUAA